AUGGAUUUUGCGCCGCAGCAUCUCCUCGGCUUGGUCUUCCUCCUGGUGUCAUUCAGCAACCUCGUCGCCGCUAACCAGCUCGCGCUACCCUCGUAUCACUAUGGCGCCCCCAUUGGCGUCGAGUGCAUGAACCGGAGCUCAGAAACCGGCGAGCAUAUCGAGCUUAAGAAUCACGAAAUCCAAUGGAUUCCUUUCCCGGCUUGCAACGAGACCGGCAAGUCGCUCGAGUUCCACUACGGCAUCGAAGAUGAGGUCAACUGCACGAUCCCCAUGGUCUCCGACCCCUUUUUCCACUUGCUCGAGUUCUAUAUCCACUCCGACGCGCCGCUAUCCUGCCGUCUGCCAAGUCGUCCGCCGCCGCACAUCGAGACCGUUGGAGAGAAACCCGCCGAGAGAGAAUACAUCCCGUUGGUCUUUGCCCUAGCGGGCACUCUGCAGCUGAGCCAUCUACAUAUUAGCACACAUCUAAACGUCCUACUACACAGCACACCGAAACAUCAUAUCCACCCUCAUGAUAGUGGAGUUCUGGACAGUGGAGCGGCAUAUAGCACGAGUCCCCUGAGCCAUAUGGAGGGAAGCCAGACGAAACGCCUGGUCAUCGGUGACCCAUUGCCCUUGACCUUCAGCGUCAGAUGGUUCCCGACUCCCGCGCUGCCCAAGACGGAAGGCCAUGUAGAAUGGCAAGGCAUGGGGGGGCACAUAUAUGCCAGCACAGUCUUCUACAGCUUGGUGUCCUUCCUGGCAGGCGCGUGCAUCGCUGGUGUAUACUUCUUUGGCAUGGUAUUGCCCAAGAGACUCAAGGGACGGAGCCUUGGCGGAGCAACACCGCUGGGUUAUGGGGUCAAUGGGGUUGGCAACGGAUGGGGCAUGGCAAAGAGGAACGUCGAUUAG